CAGACUGGAUCAGUGAUCUGCUCGCUCACCCAACAGGCAGUGUGAUGUCCUUCAUUCAGACGAUAGCUUGUUUUCUCCAUGUGCUUAGUUCUGUAGGGUAGAUAGACCCAUUGUGCACUAUCAACAUAUACCGUUCAAGUCCAAUUGAUACUUCUUAAUGAGAAAGGAGGUAUAACGCCUGAACAUAUUCGUGUCAGUGACAGCUCAGUUGACAAAACAUUCGUUUACCUUGGAUUCAAUCAAUUCCGGAUAUUUUUUUCAAAGACCUGCACUUUGGUAAAUCAGUGAUUUUUUUUGCAGCGGGCCGUUUUGAGUCAUCAAGCGAUUGAUUGAGAGUGACAGUUAACUGCAUGACCAAUCGACCCGUCCAGGCCUGAACAGCUGACGUGCUUGCGCCAAAGAUCAGAAUUAAGUGCCAUCCCUCCUACAUCCCAUGUGACAGAGGGAGUGAUUGCAUAAACAACCAUCGACAGCCAAGAGCCAGAUAACUCCGUAACGAGCAGAACUCUACUGAAGCCUUCCUCCAAGUAAAGGGACACAACUAAAAAUACCAGGAAGAUCUGAGAUUUCAUUUAACAACUUGACCUUCACCAAUUGCCAUGAUACUGAACAAUGGAUGAUGUGGGGAAGUAAGUGAACAUUGUGAACUUUGACCCAAGUCCUGUGGUUAAGAUGUGAAGGACGAUGUAGUGCCAAUGUUGUGCCAGUGUGGUAAAAGGCUGUGAGAUCCCAAGACAUUCUUAUGUAAGUUUUAAACCAUCAGUCCAGAUGCUUGAUCACUGGUCAAAUGUUCCCAGCAACACCGCCAUCACGGACAUGGAGCGCCACAUCCAGCAGACCGUAGACAGACUCCACUGCAUUAAAAACCACUUGUCUACGCCUGCGGGGUUCCAAAAUGCAGCCAGAGAAUUGCUGGAGUGGUGUUCCGACAUGCGAGCUUUCCAAAAGGCCUUUGAAGACUCCCUCAUACAGUGCCUAACCGUUGUGAGUCAAGUGUCUACCCAACCUGGCUAUGACCUUGACCUUGGCUAUCGCUUGUUGGCAGUAUGUGCAGCACACCGGGACAAAUUGUCUUCAAAGGCUGCAGCUAUGCUGUCAGUAUGGUGUGAGGAGCUAGGCCGGUUACUACUCUUACGCCACCAGAAGAACAGGGUGCCCGAUUCUAAAGGCAGUGGGAUGCAUCCCCAGAUACAAAAGGCAAUGCCACCCGUCCCGUCAGGUGAUCCCAAUGGUCAGUGGUUAGGUAAUCAGGGUCAGCCCGGUCAAGCAUUGUCGGUUGUGACAACGGUGUGGGGGACCACACAGUCAACCCAGAGCGGUCCUUUUCAACACAACACGCCUGGCUACACCAACACCACCAUGUCUACUACUAACUACACACAGCAACCUCAGGGAUUCAAUACGCAGAUGCAGAAGGGAAACUACAGCAAUCCACAGAAUAUCCCCUUCCGCCGAGACUCUGGAGGUUACCAAAGGCCCAGUGGGUACCCUCCAACCCCAAAUACGCCGGGCACAAACACACCAAAUGGUCCAAAUGAUUACCCAGGGGGCCAGGCUGGCAAUGCCGCUCUGUCAGCAGCACUGGUGGCUGCGGCUGCCACAGCAACAGCAACAGCAACGGCCACUGCCAGCAUGGUAAUGCAGGAGCAGCACAAUCAACACAAUAUCAACAUGCAAAUGAACAUGAAUGGUCAAUAUGCACCAAAUAUGCAGCAGAUGCCAGGCCAGCAGUCAUUCAAUAAUCAGUACCCGGGCAUGCCUCAGCGCCCAACAGGGCCAAUGGUGCAGGGUCCAGGCCCAGGUCCUGGCCCUGGCCCUGGCCCUGGGGGUCCCAUGGUCCACAAAUACAAUGUUGGGAGUAGGAGAGCAUCUGCCCCCUACCCCAACCCCUCACAGAUGAUGUCUCAGAAACGUCAGCAGUUCCCUAACGGUGUACAGUAUGGCGGGCCACAGCCUUACGGGGUCCAGCAACAGUAUCCCCAGAAGCCCCAGUACCCAGCACAGCAGCCCCUACCCUCCCCCACCUAUGGCCCACAGCCUGGCAUGCGCCCCAACGCACCCCCUCACUACGUCAAUGGCCACAACCAAUAUGGCCCAAACCAGUUCCCCCCUCAGGUUCGGCAGAUGGCCCCACAAGGUCAGCCCUUCAACCAGUACAGCAGUCAGGGUCCCCAGCAAAACCUGCAGUCCUCCAAUAUGAGCUACCCACACUCACCCUUACCAGGAAACCCAACACCCCCCAUCACCCCGGGGGCUGUACAAUCCCCAUACCCAGGCCCCAUGGGUAUAAAGAAAGAUCUGGAUGAGUUGCGUCUGACGUUUCCCGUUCGAGAUGGGGUGGUAUUACCUCCGUUCCGACUGGAACAUAACCUGGCAGUCAGCAACCAUGUCUUCCAUUUGAGGGAAUCGGUAUUCCAGACCCUCAUGUGGAGAUCGGACCUAGAACUUCAGUUAAAAUGUUUCCACCAUGAAGAUCGACAGAUGAACACAAACUGGCCUGCAUCUGUGACAGUCAGUGUUAAUGCCAAUCCUCUCAACAUAGAACGAGGAGAAAACAAAACCUCUCACAAACCACUUUACCUCAAGGGUGUGUGUGCGCCGGGUCGCAACACCAUACAGAUCACUGUCACAGCCUGCUGUUGUUCCCACCUAUUUGUGCUACAGCUGGUCCACCGGCCGAGUGUGCGAUCAGUGUUACAGGGACUAUUGAGAAAACGACUGCUUCCUGCAGAACAUUGUAUCACAAAAAUCAAGAGAAACUUCAGUAACGUGGCAUCAGGUGGUGGCUCACUGAAUGGAGAAGACGGGGUGGAGCAAACGGCAAUCAAAGUGUCAUUAAAAUGUCCCAUCACCUUCCGAAGAAUCACCUUACCUGCACGUGGACAUGAGUGUAAACACAUACAGUGCUUUGAUUUGGAAUCCUAUUUACAAUUGAAUUGUGAAAGAGGAUCCUGGCGAUGUCCUGUUUGCAAUAAAACAGCAUUAUUAGAAGGGUUAGAAAUAGACCAGUAUAUUUGGGGUAUUUUAACCAACCUGUCGAGUACAGAGUUUGAAGAAGUGACAAUAGAUCCAAUGGCAGCCUGGAAACCUGUUCCACACAAAAUUAUCAAGGAAGAGGAUGGUGGAACAGGUGAUGCAUGUGCGAACGCACGGUGGACAAAGGCCAUGUCUCCAACAAGUAUGCAGUUACCAACUAUGACCUCAUGGGACUCUGGGGGACGACAGUCCUCGCCGUUCCAAAUGAGGCCUUCAUCACAAGGGCCGGUAUAUCCUACGAUGUCGGGCAGUGAAGUGAUGCCAGGAGGACCGCCACAACCAGGCAACUAUCCACACCAGGGAGGACCAACAGAUUACCCCCACUCGGGGCCCCUGUCACACAUGCCUACGGGGCACCAUACGGGAGAUUCUAGUGUUAUGAACAAUACAAACUCAAACGAUUUGCAUUCUGUGGAUAUCAAACCACAAAUACACAACUCAGGCAAUUAUCCAUCACCUGUGCCUGUGAUGAGUCCGAGUGGGGACCACCGGCUACACGGGGAGGGGCCAGGCACACCUACAACACCACAGACUCUUAAUCAUAGUGGCGGAGCGCACCCUCUGUCCCAUCCGCCACAACCAAAUAAUAUUUUAACCAAAACGUCCAUAAAUGGCGACACGAGUGCGGGAGACUUUAAUUUUGACCCAGCUCCUAUUUUAGAAAGUGAUGGUGACCCAACUCUUGAUUUGCAACUAGAUAACUUGGGAGACCCCAUUGAAUUAUUAUCAUAUCUCGGACCUCCUGACAAUUCAAGUUCGCCGGCACCCAACAGUGGAAAUAGAAACAAUCAAAGCAAUAGCACCACUAACGCCACAGACGAUCUUUUGGCACUGUUUGAUUGAUCUGUAGGUUGCCAUUACAACUGCAAGCUUCAGUGCAGAAUCACUGUGCAAAACAUUUAAUGCAAUAUUGUUGUUACAUCUGUUGAAAAAAAUACAUACAAGAGAGAGAAAAAACUAUAUUAACAUAUACUUUACAAUACAAGAAGUGAAAGAAAGAUACUGACUUUCGGACAGAAAAAUCACUUCAUUUUAUCAUGUGACCAGGAAUUAUUUUUACACUUCAUUCAUCAUCACAUCAAGGAUUUACUGAUCAUCUCAUCGUUGUUUUAAGAAAAGAAAAAAUCAUUGUCUUCAUCAUUUUGAAGGCCAGUGUGUGUGAUAUAUAUGCAUGGAAAAAUGACCAUGAUAGUUUCAUUUUUAUAGUGAUAAUAUUUCUAUGUGACCAAACACUAGAGUUAUUUAUUGUGGACUCGUACCACUGUCCAUAUAUACGUUACAAGUGGUACCGUUGCCUUGUUGUGAUUAGACUUGGCACACAAGUGGUACCGUUGCCUUGUUGUGAUUAGACUUGGCACAAUUUGGACAACAAGGAAGGAGAAUCUGUGGCAGCGUUGGUGUACAGUGACUUCCCUUUUGGACAAGAUGGAGGUUGAGAGGCUCCUGACUUGUCAAUCUGUUUUAACUACAAAUGGAAUCCUGUGCCCAGAACUGGACGCGGUCGUCCUGGGGGCCUCGCAGCCACCUCCAGACAACACGCACUGACCUUCAGGUGUCCUUCAAGUAAAGGAGUGGUUAGUGACACUUAGAUCUGAGUGACCAGUGGAGAGACAGACGUGCUAUAGAUAGAUACUGUCCACCUCCACUGGACUGGCAGGACCUGUUGACCAGUGUCAUAAUGGGCUCAGUUGUAAAGGUCAUAGGAUACUUGCCAAAACCAAGGAAGACAAAACAGUUUUAACUGGUGAUAUCUGACCUGUAGUGUAUUUAUUAAUGGUAUAAUGUGCAUUAUUGAACUAAUUAUGAACAUCCAUGUUCAUACUGGGCAGCAAAUGGUCUUGGAAAUAUUCAGUGAAAUAUGAAAAUGAUUAAGAUAAUUAUAUAUUUAAGAAAACCCAACCUCCCUGUGUGUGUGUACAUUGUGUAAUAUAUUCCAAGGGCCAAAUGCACAUUGUGUACUUAAUUUUAUCUUUUUUUUCUUCAUUUUGAUUUAUUUGAAUAAGAGAGAGGGUGCAAUUUGUUUUUCUUAAAAUGAUCACUUUCAUUUUACAUAUAUAAAACAUACAUCUCUAUUAUCUUCAGAUCAUGACUUUGGUGUUUUUUAAAUGAAAUCUUUCUAGAGGCAGCAACAUUCAACACAGUGUACAGUUAGAUAUAUGAACUGGUUUAUAUACUAUUUGUUUUCGUAAUAUUUAUCAGUAGAAUUUUUUUAAGCAAACUGCAAACGAGUGCAAGAUUCACCUAAAUAAUCUGCCUAUGAAGCAAUACAGAUCACUGAGGGGACAGAUCUAUUCACCAUGUUAUAAUCACCCAACAUUGUAUGUACCCAGGCCCACUGUUGCCUUAAUUUUUAUCGAAGUCUUUUUUAUUUACAUUCAAUCCUUUUAACCUAAUCAAAAAUGUUCUGUAUGGUUUUUGUAUUAUUUUCUUUCACACCACAGCCUCUGACAAUAAGUGCUGGGUUUGGAAAUACACUUUGACUUUUGUCAUUAAAAAAUGCAGACAUCCAGAUCCUUUUGGAAUAAUUGGCCUAGGUUUGCCUUUAAAUUUUGUGAAUAACAAAGGACCAUUUUCGAGUUGAGUAUGUACACGUUCGGUUGUGCUUCAUGGACAUGGUAUGAUGUAAUGUGAAACCUUGUCAAAAGUAAACUAGGUUUUGGAACAGCUUACAGAAAUCCUGUAUUUCGAAAAUUGAACCAUAAAGAAAAAUUGAAAUAUUCAGUUUCCAAAGCAUGUUUUUCUGACUGUUGUAAUGUGGAUUAGCAAGUUUUCUUGCAUACACACAUCUAUCGAUCCAUCUUUACAGGUAACUGUAUACUCUGUCACAUAGAAACUGUGAACUUAUACCAAAGAACGACACAACAUAGCAGUCUGCAAGGAUCAUAGGAAUUUGUCUUGUUGGCACAGUAGCUAGGGCAAUAUCACAAACUGUUAAAAUUCUUCUCUUGCUUUCAUAAAAGCCGAGAUGUUGCAAUGUUCAGCCUCUUCAAUAGAUUUUACUGAGGAAUUAUCUCCCUUUGUUUGGUGUCUAAGAAUAGUUUUUUCUGAUCUGGAUACUCCUUAAUAAGUAUUUUCUAACAAGUGAAAGGAUUUAUUUUAGACAAAUGACAAAUUAAAUUUGCUCCCUUUAAUGACCUAAGUUUAAGUUUUAUGAAAUGAUUUUAAUUGCUUUUUUUUUUAAUAUGGGAGGUUAAUUGCUAAUUUUUUGACUUCAACAAUUUGUUAUAUUGAAAACCAGCAAUCUCAACGUGGCAAUCGUUUGUACCUUGCAAUUGUUUUAUCAUUUUACUUCACUGCUUAAUCGUUUCAUUUUGCUUGGAGUUGAGUAGAAAACAGGGACGUUUCUCAUACCAGACUAAGGGGCACUCCAUUUUAUAAUUUAUUUUUCAUUUCAUUGAUAUAAAUGAAGUCAGUAGUCUAUCUAGCAAGUAUUUGAUAGUAGAUAAUUGUAUCCCCCCACCCCUGGCGAGUGCUUGCAGCCCUGUCUCGCCUAUCCCCUUAGUCUGGUCUGACAUUCUGUCCAUGUCAUAGUAGUACAGAUUUAUUUUAUUAUCAAGUUGAUUUAGCUUGUUGUAGUAAUAUUGUAAAGUGUACAAAUUUUGACAGUUGUAUAUUAAAUGUUAUUUAUAUAUGAAACCAUCUUGUGAAGAAAUUGUUUCGUCCAUAAAUGUAUCCUUUAUUGUUAAGAACAGAGAUCACUGUACAAAAACCCCUAAACACACAUCAUGAUUCUAUGCCUUAAUCAAAGGAACUUUAAUUUCUCAGAUGAGCUUCAAAUUAUAACACAAGUUCAGUAUCAGGGUGGAAAUGUAUCUACUAACCAUGUGCCUUCUACUGCACAUUUCUCGGUACAGUCCUUACAUCUUUCUCUUCUCUCGCUGUUUUAUCCGAACUUUUAUUGAAUAUUUUAUUUUGACACACAAGAGAAAACAAAACAUUUAAUAUAAAUGUUUGAGUUUAAUUUAAUCCACUUAAGGAAAUACAUUAUCAUUUUAUGCUAUUGUUUGAGGACAACCUUUUUUUAUUAGACCAUAUGACUUAAGGUUUGGGUCCAGGUGUUUCUUCUGUACAGACAGAAACAGACAUUGUAAAGAGUAGUCCUGCCUCACAAUCGUUACUAACAGGUUGCAUCAUCAGAGCCAAGAGUGUGACGCACAUACAUGGUCUCAACAUUUAGGUUUCAUUACAUUAAUUAUCCUGGACUAUCAUUCAAAACAAUUUGGUGUUGUUUACAAGAACUGAUUUUACAAUGAGCAUUCAGUGCUCAUCUUACAUUCCAAUGGACCCAUUCUUAUGUCCGUAACAAACAUGAAUUUAGACAAAAAUUAUUUCUGAAAGUCUUGAAAUUUUAACAGAAAAUGUUGCACUUUCCAAACCAUUGAGUGACAUAUUUUACCGUGUUUAAGUUUGCUGCUAUAUAAGCUUUAAAAGUGUCUUUUAGUAUGCAUAUUUUUUAUUAUAAAUCAAAAGAAAUGAUGGCAUAAUCUCCAUGACAACAUGGUUCAUUUUAGCCUUUUCCUUCUGGCAUGGCAGGGGAGAUAACCCAGAAGGGCUGUAAAUAGAUUUUAUUGUAUUGUUGAUAUACAUUAUUACUAGUAUAUAUUUGUGAUUACACAGAGAACAGGAAUUUGUAGAUUUAGGGAAACAAACCUACGUACAAAUUAGAAUUUUUGUGUUAUUUCAUUAUUUGAUUUUUUUCUGACGACUGUUCUCAUUAAAAGAAAAUUUUGAGAGCGUAAUUUGAUAUUAUUUAUUUUUCACCCUUGCCAACUUACAUUUUGUACAUGAACAUUUGUUUUAACUUAUCUGUUCCUUCAUGGCAAACAUAGUCAUGGUUUUAAGGUGACAAGAACAUUCUUUUGAUACCUGUGUAAAAAAAA